GCCCGUCUUUUGAACUGCAUUCAAGGCAAUUAGAGACUGGGAUUAAACAAACACCCAGCACCAGCAUCCUCAGCGGUGAGAGGGAUUAUCCCAGUCGGCCGGGACAUGGAGCCAUGGCGAGGCCAGGUUGUCCCACAAUGGAGAUCUCCCUGCUCUACUCGCUCAGGUCCAGCGGAGAGGCAGAGCCUGCACCCAGCUGUAAUGGGUGCCCUGAGAUGGAUUUUCUGGGCUGGGCUGGGCUACCUGAGCUGCUGCUGUCUCCCCUGGGUACAGGCGCAGUUCCCCCGUGCCUGCAUGACGGUGGAGGCCCUUCGCCUGAAGCGCUGCUGCCCGGCCUUGGGGACGGAGCCAGGCAAUGUCUGUGGGUCCCUGCAGGGCAGGGGACAGUGUCAGGAGGUGCAUGCAGACACUCGGCCCUGGAGUGGCCCCUACACCCUUCGAAAUGUGGAUGACCGGGAACGGUGGCCCCUCAAGUUCUUCAACCAGAGCUGUCAGUGCACAGGAAACUUUGCUGGCUAUAACUGCGGUGACUGCAAGUUUGGCUGGACUGGCCCCGACUGCAACAUGAGGAAGCCACCAGUUGUCAGGAAGGAUGUCCACUCCCUCACAGCAGAGGAGAGGGAGCAGUUCUUCGAUGCUCUAGACCGUGCAAAGACAACUAUUCACCCAGACUACGUAAUUGCAACUCAGCACUGGAUGAGUUUGCUUGGCCCCACUGGAGACGAACCACAAAUUGCCAACUGUAGUAUUUAUAACUACUUUGUUUGGCUUCAUUACUACUCGGUCAGAGACACGCUGUUAGGACCUGGCCGUCCCUUCACAGGCAUUGAUUUCUCCCAUCAAGGACCUGCCUUUGUUACUUGGCAUAGGUACCAUUUGCUGUUGCUGGAGAGAGACCUGCAGCGACUGAUGGACAACGACUCCUUUGCGCUGCCCUACUGGAACUUUGCCACGGGUAGAAAUGAGUGUGACGUCUGCACAGACCAGCUCUUUGGAGCAUCGCGGCUGGAUGACCCGGGGCUGAUCAGCCUGAGCUCCAGGUUCUCCCAGUGGCAAAUAGUUUGUAACAGCUUGGAUGACUACAACCGCCUGGUCACACUGUGCAACGGGAGUGAUGAAGGGCCACUGCGGCGGAGGCCGCCUGGGAGCUCCAGCAAGCAGCUGCCCACCGCGGAGGAUGUCAGGAGGUGCCUUUCCCUGCAGGAGUUCGACAGCCCCCCCUUUUUCCGCAAUUCCAGUUUCAGUUUCAGGAACGCACUGGAGGGCUUUGAUAAACCAAGCGGAGUCCUUAACUCACCGAUGCUAAGCCUUCAUAAUUUGGCUCACUCUUUCCUGAAUGGGACCAGCGUUCUCCCUCACGCAGCUGCCAAUGAUCCCAUCUUUGUGGUUCUUCACUCCUUUACUGAUGCCAUCUUUGAUGAGUGGAUGAAGCGGUUUAGCCCCCCUGACGAUGCUUGGCCUGAGGAGCUGGCCCCCAUCGGUCACAACAGACUGUAUAACAUGGUCCCUUUUUUCCCUCCUGUGACCAACUAUGAGCUCUUCCAAACUGCGGAGCAACUCGGCUACACCUAUGCCAUUGACCUGCCAGAUUCAUUUGAAGAAACCCAAGCGUGGGCUGUCAUGGUUGGAUCCACAAUUGGAGGAGCACUUAUAGCUCUGGCUGUGCUCGUUCUGCUGCUCGUACUCUUCCAGCACCGAAGGCAGAGAAGAGGUUUUGAACCACUGAUGAAUGUGAGCUUCAGCCCCAAAAAGUACAUGGAAGAGGCCUAGUCCCCUCACUUUGUUUCUUUGCUUAUUCCAUACAAAGUGACCUUGAUUGCCUAAUUGAGAUCUUAGCUGAGAGUUUAUCACACACUCCUUCAGCAGCUGGCUACAUUGUUCUCAUUCAGGUUCUCCCAUUAUCUUAUGAAUUGUAAUAUAUGAAGUCUCUGGGUACCUCUGUGCAAGGCCCAAGACAGGUCAGACUUUUCUCAUUACCAAGAGUUAUCUGGGAUGUGUGACACCUGUAAGUCAUCCUAUAUAGAUUUAGAUCAAGACAGCUGAGAAUCCAAAUAGAAGAAAUCCAACUUGAAUAACCAAGAUAAUUUUCACCUCAAUGUGUUUUUGAUUUCAUUUAGCAGCUCAGAGAUGUGCUGAAAGUUAUUAACUCCCUUUAUAUAAUAACAUAUUAUUAUAUUAUAUGUAACAUUGAAUAACAUAUUAUUUUACAGUUUUCAAUAAAUAUUCUGAAUAGCAUAGUCUUUUUUUUAAGGUUCAAAAUGUUUCAUGCUCUUUGACAAAAUACUAUAGGAACCCCCUGGUUACAGUUCAUUUCAGAAGCAUGAUCAAUUCUACAUGUUAUUUCCAAUCAAGCUGAUGAUAGCAGUCAGUAAACCUCCAAACUCAAAUUCCCCUAAUAUUUAAGAGCAGGAGUUCCCUGAUAGCUAGGUAUACACUUGUGUUUUGCCUCUGUGUUAGGGACCUGUGACAGAAGUUGAAAAUGGUGCUGAUCCUUCUCUGUUUUGGCUCUGUUGCACUGUUUCAUGAAUCUAGACUUAAAUUUUCAAAGUCUGGAACUGAGGACUCAAGAUAGCAAGACUGAGAUAGCUUGCAUUAUCCAGGUCUGCAGGUGGGGGACCAGGUUGGGAAGUGGCACUCCCUAGACCCCAUCUUAAACAUUUCUUUACACAUUCCAUAUAAAUUCCUUUAUCUAGCCAUAGAUUUGGACCACAUUUGGGUGGCUCUGCUAUGUUAUCUUGAGACAGGGUUUUUACACAGCAGAUGAAG